AUCUUGCAUAUCCGCCACAAUGCUGGCAACAAAAUUACCAUCUUUAGUAAUCAUAACAACAAAACUGACUAGGUAGCUUCAGUGACAAAUGGGCAAACCCAAGUAUAUUUUAAUAGUGAGACAUGGUGAGUCGGAAGGAAAUUGUGAUAAAUCCGUCAAUAGAUAUACCCCUAAUCAUUUAGUGCAAUUAACUGAAAAUGGCCACUUUCAAGCAUUAGCGGCUGGACAAGUAUUACGAAAGUUCUUACAAGAUGAAUCGUUUGUCAACAACUGUAUGAACGAAAAACGUAAUCCGUUAUCUAUUAUGUUUUACACAUCUCCAUACUUGCGUACUCGACAAACAUGUAAUAAUAUCAUAGAAGGAAUUAAAGACUUGCCCGGGGUUGAGUAUGAAGUUAGAGAGGAGCCAAGGAUGAGAGAACAAGAUUUUGGGAAUUUUCAAGGAUCAGCAGAAGAAAUGGAAAAAAUGUGGCAGGAGAGAGCUACGUAUGGACAUUUCUUUUACCGAAUCCCGCAUGGUGAGAGUGCGGCUGAUGUGUUUGAUCGGGUUGCCAGCUUUAAUGAAUCCUUAUUUCGGCAAUUUAGAAUGGAGAACUUCCCUAAUGUGUUGGUAUUGGUGUCGCAUGGGAUUUGGUCGAGAGUGUUUUUGAUGAAAUGGUUUAAAUGGUCAUAUGAAGAGUUUGAAUCUUUGAAGAAUAUACCUCAUUGCCAGUUCCUAGUCAUGAAGAAGAAUAAAGAUACCCAAAAGUUUAAUUUGAAAACACCAUUGUUGACUUGGGAUGAUAUCGAAGAAGAAGAUAUCGAUGAGGAAGUGAGCAAGGAAAUUGGAGACGCAUUAGGAAUUAACCAAGAAGAUUUAGAUAUUUCCAUGAUUGUUCGCGCACAACGUGAUGCCAUCAAGUCCACUCGAGAUAAGAACAAGCAAAUCCAGGAAAUGUAUGCAAAGAUAAAAGAAGGCUCCAAAUCAAAGUAUGCUGAUAAGAUCAUAUCCCGAUUUAAAUACGACAACCAAAGUGUGGUGAAUAGCGAAGAAGAAUUGCAUAACCAUUAAUAGACCUGAUACAAUUAUAUAAUUAUUUGUAACAACUGCCGGUUUGACACAUACAACCGUUGUAUAUUU